UGUUUAUCCCGGUUUAUCCCGGUUUAUCCCGUUCCAGGCCCGGGAUGUGUACGAGGAGGCCGUGCAGACGGUGCUGACCCCAAUGUUUAUCCCGGUUUAUCCCGGUUUAUCCCGUUCCAGGCCCGGGAUGUCUAUGAGGAGGCCGUGCAGACGGUGAUGACGGUGCGGGAUUUCACGCAGGUGUUCGACAGCUACGCGCGCUUCGAGGAGAGCGUCAUCGCCGCGCUGCUGGACACGCAGGCACAGCUGGGACAGGGCCAGGACGAGGAGGUGGAGCUGGAGCUGCGGCUGGCGCGCUUCGAGCGGCUGAUGGCGCGGCGGCCGCUGCUGCUGAACAGCGUGCUGCUGCGCCAGAACCCGCACAACGUGCACGAGUGGCACAAGAGGGUGGCACUGCACCAGGGACAGCCCGACAAGAUCAUCCAGACCUUCACGGAGGCCGUGCGCACGGUGGAUCCCCAGCGCGCCACCGGCCGUCCCCACGAGCUCUGGGUGGCCUUCGCGCGCUUCUACGAGGACAACGGCCAGCUGGACGACGCCAGGUCCAUCCUGUCCCGUGCCACCCGGGUGCGGUUCCGCCGUGUCGAGGACCUGGCCGCCAUCUGGUGCGAGUUUGGGGAGCUGGAGCUGCGCCACCAGCGCCACCAGGAGGCGCUGGCCGUGCUGAGGAAAGCCACGGCUCUCCCGUCCCGCCGGGCCGAGUACUUCGACAGCUCGGAGCCCGUGCAGAACCGGCUCUACAAGAACCUGCGGGUGUGGGCCAUGCUGGCCGACCUGGAGGAGAGCCUGGGCACCUUCCAGUCCACCCGCAGUGUGUACGAGCGCAUCCUGGACCUGCGCAUCGCCACCCCCCAGAUCAUCAUCAACUACGCCCUGCUGCUGGAGGAGCACGGCCGCUUCGAGGACAGCUUCAAGGCCUACGAGCGUGGCAUCGCGCUGUUCCGCUGGCCGCACGUCGGGGACCUGUGGCUGACGUACCUGUCCAAGUUCGUGGCCCGGUACGGCGGGCGGAAGCUGGAGCGCGCCCGGGACCUCUUCGAGCAGGCGCUGGACGGGUGCCCCCCCCAGCACGCCAAGACCAUCUACCUGCUCUACGCCCGCCUGGAGGAGCAGUUUGGGCUGGCACGCCGGGCCAUGGCCGUGUACGAGCGUGGCACGCGGGCAGUGCCACCCGAGCAGCAGCGCGACAUGUUCCACAUCUACAUCCGGAGGGCAGCCGAGCUCUUCGGGGUCACCCACACCCGCCCCAUCUACCAGAGAGCCAUCGAGGUGCUGGGUGACGACGCGGCGCGGGAGCUGUGCCUGCGCUUCGCUGACAUGGAGUGCAAACUGGGGGAGGUGGAUCGGGCCCGCGCCAUCUACACCUACUGCUCACAGAUCUGCGACCCCCGGAUCACGGGCAGUUUCUGGCAGACGUGGAAGGAGUUUGAGAUCCGCCACGGGAACGAGGACACCAUCCGGGAGAUGCUGCGCAUCAAGCGCAGCGUCCAGGCCACCUACAACACCCAGGUGAACUUCAUGGCCUCGCAGAUGCUCAAGGUGUCGGGCAGCGCCACGGGCACAGUGUCGGACCUGGCCCCGGGGCAGAGCGGGCUGGACGAGAUGAAGCUGCUGGAGCAGCGCGCCGAGGCGCUGGCGGCCGAGGCCCAGCGGGACACGCCCCGCCCCGCCCAGCAGGUGCUGUUCGUCAGGUGAGCCACGCCCACCGACACACCCACCUCUCACUGCCACGCCCACUGACACACCCACCUCUCACUGACACACCCACCUCUCACUGACACACCCACUGACACACCCACCCUGCCUGCCACGCCCACUGCCACGCCCACUGACACACCCACCUAUCCCUGACACACCCACCCUGCCCAACCCACCCUACAGGUGCUGUUUGUCAGGUGAGCCACACCCACUGCCACACCCUGCACUGACACACCCGCCUAUCCCUGACACACCUACCUAUCCCUGCCACGCCCACUGCCACACCCUGCACUGACGCACCCACCUAUCCCUGACAUGCCCACUGCCACACCCACUGUCACACCCACUGCCACACCCACCUAUCCCUGACACGCCCACCCCACCCUACAGGUGCUGUUCAUCAGGUGAGCCACGCCCACUGCCACACCCACCUAUCCCUGACACACCCACAGCCACGCCCACCUCAGCCACACCUACUUCGCUCUGCCACACCCACCUCACUGCCACGCCCAUUGCCACACCCAG